UAAAGUUGAAUAUCUGACGAUUCCAAUAGGUAAUGUUACUUUUGAGUAUUAUUUACGAAUCAUUGAUUUAUUCUGAACGGAUUUCCUGAAGCAUUUAUAAAAUUACAGGAGGUGAAACAUGAGACACAGACAGCAUAGAAAGGACCCUUGUAUACAGAUGUGAAGGAUUUGAAACUUUGAUUGUGACACAGCCUUGAGCUAGACAUUGCUUCCAACCAUGGCAAAACAUCUUCAGGAAAAACCUAGGUGCAGAAUUCUUGGUCCAUUCUCAUCAAUAUUCAUUGUCAUCCUCCUGGUAUCAUUGAAUGCCAUCAAAGCAGAUGUACUGGAGACAGUGGAUACCCCAUCAUCACCGGUACCGUCCAUGUCUCUCCUCCUAGAGGCACAGAGUGGAGUAGACAAACCAGGACCGGAAUCUGUUCUUCUCACAGACCCAGUGGAUGUGUCUCUUAGUCUUAGUCUUGCUAGCAACAUCACUCUCUACAACACAAGCGUAGUCGUUCUGAUCCCUGGGGAGUUCAGUCUAGCUGAGAAUGUAACAGUGACUAUAGGAGACAACAUAGCAUCAAGCCUUCUUAACGAUUCCCUCAAUCAAGUGCAGUCGUUGAUUAUCGAUCUCGGAACUGUCCAAAACUCAAACAUCUCAUCCAAUCUGACAGAAGAAGAUAUGAUCAAGAUUUCAUUUACUGCUUAUCUCUUGGAAAAAAGUGAAAAAAUUGGAGAUUUGUUCUAUUUCCCAGCUGAAGUACAGUUUACUGAGAGUGUGAAUGAAACAUCACAAAUUGUUAGAAGUGAUAUCAGCUAUGCUGGGCCUGGAAUUAGAACACAGUUUAAUAACUCUGGUUUUUCUACCUAUGGUGAUUUUAUUCCGGAUAGAGAAACUGUGAUGAAUGUAUUCCUAGACUUUCCUCCAUACACCUUAUCUAAUGUCUCCUUCUCACUAGGAGUUUCCAGCCCUGGUGUACCUACUUUGAACGUGGAUUUCACCGAAAUGUUACUUACACCCAGUACAAACUUCAUUACAUACAGCGAGCCAUCUACGCCUGGCUUUACCUGUGUUGGUAAUAGCUGUUCAUUAUCUGAUCUCAACUUUGGUGAUGUUACUGCUGUAAAUGGAACUCUAGAUCUCCAGAUUUCCUUCAUCAUAAAUGAUGGAAUAUUGAGUGUUGGAGAUGAUGUGUUUUUACAAGAGGAUAUUAUACUCAAUGGAGGAUCUGCUCACAUAGACAGCCAUGUGUUAAGUGUAGUACAGCCAGAUCUUAUGAUCACAACAGAUGUAGUGGCGCUCUCUAGUACCGAUGUCAUUGAUGACUACACCUACCAAUACAUGCAUUUCACCACUACCGUCUCUCACACCGUUAACUCCACCGGUCCUGCAUCACAGGUGUCCUUCUAUAACCCAGUAUCAGGACUCUCUGUUGAUCUAGAUACCAUUACUCCUGAUCCGUUCUCAUCAUCAAGCAUCAAACCGGUUAUUACCGCUUCUCGGUACACACUGAACCCUGGAGUCUUGGAAGUUGGUGAGACGGCUGUAUUAUCAUACAACGCUAGACUAACCCAGAGUUUAGUAGAUGACAACCUAGAGACGGACAUUCAACUAGAGUCUCAGCUUACAUGGUCAUCACUCCCAGCAGAUGAGGAAACCAAUACACAUCCUGGUACUAGCUUUGGCCCCAUCACAGAUAGCAUCUGCAUCACUCAAAGCAUCACCUACGAGGAGAGUCUCCUCUAUAACCAUGGCCUCCCAGCCCUCUUCUUCUUUGUUGCUCUCAUCCUUGCUCUAGUCCUUGUCAUCCUCUGCUGUUUCAUCUAUGCUAAGAUGUCUGCCGGUGGUAUCUAUGCGAUCGUGCAACCCGAGGGGACCAUCUCUAAGAAUCAACACGGUCUUAUUAUUAAUCCUAGAGUCGGCAAAACAGGUGUAGACAUGGUGGAGGAGUACAGCUCCGUCACAGCCAAUGAGAGCAUUGUUGUGGUCUUGAUGCAGAAGGACAAGACAAGGAAAGUCCUCGACUUUGAAAAUUUGGAUAUCAUGAGUACCAUUACAACCGACAUGCGUCUGGAGGAGCAGCGAAUCUCCACCAUGAUUGAGAUGUUUAUCAUGCUCCUGGGCUCCUGGUCCCUCAGGGAUCUUCUUCCAAGGGAUUUCUCAGCAAAGCUUUCUAAGAAAUACCAGCGAUCUGCCAAGGAUGCCAUCAAGAAGCUUGAUGAUGAGUAUGGUCACGAGAGCAGGGAGCUCAUUAAACACCUCAGCAAUGAAAAUAAGGGAAAGCUGAUUAUGCUGAAGAAGAAACAUGAUGCUGAACUUCGACUGAAAGCUGCUCAAGCCAGGAGUUUGUCCAAAGAGGAUCUUAAAGAAGUGAUGGAUUUAUUAAAGAAACAACAGGCAGCCGGAGCUACAAGCUUGACACAGCUACUCAGACUCAAACAAGAUGAAGAACAAGAAAAACUUCGCAAGGAGUAUGCAACCAAGAAGAGGAUAGCAAUGAAAGCUGUUCAGCAGGAAUACAUGGAUAAAGCAAUCCUCCAAGGAAAGUUAGAUGAGGAUCAGGCUAGAAGGCUACUGUCUGAACACCAACAGGAUAUGUCUACUGUAGAGAGGCUGAUGGAUGAGGAGAUGUCUAGACAGAGGAUGAGUCUGGAAGAGAAACUAGCAAGGAGGAAACUGCUCGCCAAGGCAACGGAAUCUCAAGAGGAGCAUCACAGCGCCCUUCUGAACACCAUGGCGUCUCAGACGAUGACCGCAGUCAGUGAGCUAGAGCAGAGUGAACAGCUCGGCCAGGAAGAAGCCAAAGCUUAUGUGGAGAAACUCAUGAAGGAAGUCAAGGGGAUCAAAGAGAACUAUGAGAAGGAGAGGAGGAAACAAGAGGAAGUCCUUCAUAAGAAGCUGAGUGAGAAGAAGAAGAAGAGGAUGCAGGAGAAGGAAAGAGAACAAAAGCAGGAGUUUGCUGAAUUUGAGAAGAAGAAAACAAGUGUAGACAAUGGUGAACUGGAUCUCGAAGAAUAUUUUGAGUCCAAGAGCGGCCUCCUUGCUGGUCAUCGCUCCCAGCUGGCUGAGAUCGAGACAGAGGUCGAUGAAGAGGCGAGAGAGGAACUCGAGAACCUGAGAGAUGAGAUGGCAGCAAAGGUCAAGGGUCAAAUCACUAAUGUCAGACAGAAGGUUCAUGUUGAUCUCCAGAACAAAGGAUUGACUGAAAGACAAGCAGCACAGAUUGUUGAGCAGCAUGAGAGGGAUGUAGAGGAGAUGCAAGAACAGAGGGAGGAACAGAGACAGAAACAAGAAAAAGCUAUCAAGAAGAGAAUGGCUAAACAGCGCAAAGAGCUUGCUUUGAGAAAGCAGGAGGAGAGAGAAGAGAGAGAACAGAUCAGGGAACAUGAGGAGAAGAUGGUCGGGCGACUAUUAGCAUCUCAGGUCGCGAUGUCAGAGGAAGAAAGGCGUCGUAUCCUAGCAGAACAUGAACAGCAUCUGGUUGCUAUGGAGAAUAGCCUAGCUCUCACCAAGCUGAGACAGCGUCGUCUGCUAGAAGAGAAGAUGGCUGGUAGGAAGAGCAGACAGAUGGACAGACUUGCUAGGAAACAGGAACAAGAAGCUAAGCGUAAACUUAAAGACAAGAAGCUGGAUGAUAGUGAUGAGGAUGAGGAUGCUACCAACUCCGAUCUGAAAGAGAUGAUGCAGAAGCACACUAAAGAGCGCAUGGCGAUGAUGACGGACGAAGAUGAAGACAGAGAUAAAUUGGAGGAAGAGAUGGAAGCUAUGAGGUCUGAGAUGUUGAAUGAGAGAGCCAAUGCUCUGAAGGAACAAGAAGAUAGACUAGGAGCUCUCAUGGCUCAGCUACAGAUGCAGAAAGCUAGAGAGCUUGCUACCAUUGAGGAGCAACAUAAAGCCCUUUUGCAACUCAAGAUGAACAUGCUGGAUGAGCUGACUGAGAAAGGCAUCAUGAAGAAUGCUCAGUGCAAGAAAGUCAUUGAGACACACCAGAAGCAAGUAGAAGCAAGGGAACAGAAGAUGAAGAAAGAGAGAGCUAAGGCAGAAGCGAUCGUCAAGAAGAAACUGAAAGAGAAAGCUGCGGAGAGGGUGAAAACCCUUGCUAUGAAACAUGAGGAGGAGAUACAGAGCUUGCUGGAGAGAGAGAAGAAUGGAACAGCUGCAAGACUCAAGAGGGUCGCUCUCAAACAUAAACAUAUGGUCGAGAUGGAAGAAUUCAGGAACAAGCUUGCAGUUGAGAUGACACAAACCUUGGAGGAAAUCAGAAGACAGUCAGAAAUGACAAGAAUCAACGAACAACAAGAACAGGAGCUUGAUUUCCUGUCGGCGCUUGUCAAGGUCGGUAACUACGACAAGACGGAGCUGAUCAACGUCCUCCAUCUUCUCUUCCCUGCCAAGUCACAUGAUCAGAUCAACGGAAUGUUAGCGAAACUUUAUGAGAAGGUGGAGAAAGAUGGAGAUGAGACGGACAGCUCACCAGCUAAGAGUAAUGGAACUUCAGCCAGAAACCAGAGGGGAGAUCUGGAGCAAAAGGUGAAGGAAGCCAUACUGGGUCAGGUGCAGACAACGAAGCCCAAGACUGACAGCUUGACCAAGAAAGAGAAGAAGAAGAAAGCCAAAAAGCUGGCACCUAUACGAUCAGCAGACCAAACCUACGAUAGCGACAACCGAUCAACAAACCUUAGCUCCUCUAUGAGAGGAGCAGCACCCCUGCCCCUCAUCUCUAGUACCCGUCGGCCUGAACCACUGGGCCAGACGGGUGAUUCAGAGGAUGAGAGGAGGAGAGGAAGGUACGAUGAUAGGAGCGAAGGGGAGGGCACAGAGGAUGACGAGAGGAACUUUCUUAGAAAAAGGGGAUCCGUAUCGGGACCUGGAAAGGGUAAAAGAGCAUCACUUAGUCAGGUGCGUGACCCAAGACGCGGCAACAAGUUGAUUUAAAUCUCAUUCUCUGACACUUGCCUUGUGGAAGUUUUUCUCAGCUCAGAAAACUAUUUGAUUCAUGCAUGUAUGAAUAUAAAGGUUGAAUAUUAAUGAGUUUCUAGUCUUUCAUGCUUCAGGUAGCGUUAUACAUAUAGAACAGCCAAACAAAUAUAUGCUAUUGUAUAUAUCUUUAAUAAGUGGAGAUUGCUGUAUAAAAUUUCACUUGCGAUUCAAAACUUUGGGAUCAAUUAACAUUCUGUUUAUAUCUGAAGUUAAGCUCUUUAAGUUAUUCAUCUUAAACAGAUUUUUAAUGGGUCUUUAUCUAUUUAUUUUCCUUGUAUAAGAUAUGGUUAAUUGUUCAAAUCUUAGAUGUAAUUUUCGAUAUGAUUUUCACUGGGUUAAAAACCAUGAAAGUGUUAUGUAAAGUGCCAUGUUAUUAGAAUUAUGUCUUAUAGCAACAAAGUUCAAGAGUAAGUAAUUAUUAUAGAAAAUUUCAAAGAAAUUAAUUAAUUACUAAAUGAUCAGGUCGUAAUAGAUUUAUAAUGAUAUUGCAAGGCAUGAGGAUAUUCCUUUCAAUGUCAUGAGAACCUUUUUGUAACAGUCUUUCAAUAUUUGGAUGUUUUAUUUGUUUUUAAUACUUGGAUCCAAUAUUUCAAUAUCACAUGAGGUAUUGGUUAAAAAAGGCAGAUAAUUGUUGUUAUUAUGUCGAUUUCCUCAGGACUUUUUAUAAAUCGUUGUGACAUAACAAUAACUGUUCCAGUGUCAAAAAGAGGUGGUGAAAAGGAGACGAGGGAUUUUUGAAAAUACAAGUCUUUCUUUAUCCAGCUAGAAUAAUGGAAAAUAUUUUGCAAUUUACAAAAUUGGAAUUUAAUCAUGUAUAUAGAGGGAUCUGGUAGGGUAAAGAGAUAUGAAUCUCUCCCUCAAUCAUGCCAUUUCUCUUAUUGGGGAUCUAGUAGAUGUCACAACAGUGAAUAAGGUGCACAAAUGAAUUCUUUCUAGUGGACUAACCUUUGGCUAGGCUGAAUUCCUGACUAAAUAGGUUGAGAUCGUCCACCAAAUUAUGGAACACCAAUUCCAGAACUCUUCAUCCUCUUCAAAUACUAAUGUCAUCAAAUGGAAAUAAAUUGCCCAUUAUCAUUUGUCAAUUGAAUUCAUUCUGUUUGGGUCAUUGAGUUUCAGAAUACAGGAAUUUGUAGAUAAAGUAGGCAGGUCGACCUUCCAUAAAUCAGUAGACAAAGUCGACUCAAGUUUAACUCUGUCUAUUUUCAAGUAUAGAGGCCAAUGUUUGCAUUAUGAACCCAAGAAUACUUGUAGAUACCUAGACAUUUGUUGAAUAAUAUAUGUCGUACCAGCUACCAUAUAUAUAAUUGGAAUUAUGAUAUGCAGUAAUGUAUACUUCAGAGUUACAUGAACAAAAUAUAAACGUAUGCUGAUCAAUUUGUACAUGUUCUGAAAUGUCUGAGAUUGAAUGUCGUGAAUUUUUACAGUUGCCAACUAAACUAUUCAUACCCUUAAAAAUUUUGUAAUUUUUUUAAGUAUGUGAAAAAAAAAAUUGUCCCGAUUAAGGUGUCUUGAGAACGGGACAUGUUAAAGCUUCCAUCUAAAAAUAUUUAACAAAGGCCCUUAUUCACCCAGUUCACCUUUCAUUAUUGAGUUGCAAAAAAUAACCCAACAAAAAAAAAACCUCAAGGAAUGUGAAUAAUUUAUUUGCUAACUGUACAUGUUGUAUAAAAAUAUUCAGUGUUGAUAAUAUAUUUUGUAAAUUAUUUACUUGUACAUGUAUGUUGUGAGAGUAUAUAUUUGAUGUAAGUUGUUUUAAAAUGUACAAACUUUGCAUUCAUGGGCCAUAAGAAUCUGUCUUCAGUUUUUCACUUUUGUGUCUCAAAAUGUCUUUCAAAACUCUACCUGAAAUAAGUAUUUUUGUUCAAUUUUGAGUAGGAAUGGUAUUGUAAAAACAUAUCCUGUUUUAUAUCUGUGUGCAAUCAUUUUUAGAAACGCAUUUUCAACAUGAAAAUAACCUUGAGAUAAAAUGGUAUUUCAUGAUCCACAUUGCGUUAAUUUAUCUGAAUUAAUGUAUAUUAUAUUCUUUUUAUCUUGUGUAAAUAUAUAUUUCAGUCAAUACUACAAUUAUAGUGUAUCAGUAAUGUGAAUCAAAUCAGGUCAAUGAUGUUUCUUGUGCAUUGUUUCUUUCAGAGAUAUUCUUCUGUCUUUCAUUGCUUUUAUACAUGACUUUGUAUUCUAAAUUUUGUGAUGUUUUCAAUGAAGUUUUGAAUAAAAUCUUAUUGCUUUCUAA